AGUAGAAAAGACCGUAGCACUCGCGGAACUGUAGGAGCUGGUGUAGAUUGGACAUCUUUUGCUAAAGACUCGUUUUCAAGAUAUAUGAAUAUGGCAAGAAGGGGAAGGAGUGAAGGGGGACAGGAUUGGAUGAUGGGUACAGGAAGAAUCUCAAGAAGAAGAGGGCUGGGAUAUGAAUCCGACGUAAGAGUGCAAACAUUAGCACACACCAACCAGGAGUUCAGCGAAGAAAACAUAGUGGGAAACGACAAUCUUUUUGGGCACGACCAGUCGAGGCCACAAGAAGAACACUUUCCACCGAACCGUAGUGUAAUGGAAAGACCAGAAACAGAUGAUAGUGAGUCAAGUGUCCAAGGACCAAGACCAAUAAGGGGGAACAACCCAAUUGAACAAGCAGUUCAUGAUCAACCACAACAAGGAAUAGGAAUGGAGCACACUCUGAAGAUGCUUCAUGACGUGAUAGCGAGGUCACUGCAACAACCUCAGGUGCAACCUCAGCCACUCGUACCACCACAACCUACAGUGGCUACACCGAUGUUACCAUUGAUAACUGCCAUGAAGAACAUGAAGACACCACAUUUUGAAGGAGGAAAAGACCCAUUUGAAGCUGACCAGUGGCUUCGAACUAUGGAGAAAAACUUUGAGACCCUGACGUGUUCUGAAGAGUCUAAGAAAAAGAUGGCGGUGUAUUACUUAGAAAAAGAUGCGGCAGAAUGGUGGGAAAGUAGGGAUCGCCAAGUAGGACAUCUGGUAACCACUUGGGCGGCAUUCAAAAAGGAAUUUGAACGCAAGUAUUUCACCCCGGAGUCCAAGCGAAGGCUUCAACGCCAGUUUGCUAACCUAGUACAAGGAGACAAGACAGUUAGAGAAUAUGAAUCGGAGUUCAUGGGACUGCGACGACACGUGCUGCGAGGACAAGAUGAUGAAGAAACCAUGAUAUCCAACUUUAUGUUUGGUUUAUAACCAGAGUUGGAAAAUAGACUGGCAGUCGGGAACUA